UGUCGUCGACGUUAUUCUCCCUCCUCACUCUCUCUCUCUCUCUCUCAUAUCUCUAUAUAUCACCCACGUCGCGUAAAGGAUUCAGCUGCAGACUCUGUAGUCCCCAAAAAAGCCAGACCACCCAAAACCAUGAAGUCCAUAUCCACCAGCCUCUCAGCAGACUCAAACACGACCUCCACUUUCCUCAAAGUCGCCUCUCUCUCUUUCCUCUCCCUCUCUCUCCUCUUCCUCGCCAAGCUCUUCUCCGACUCCUACCAACCCCACAUCCUCUCCUUCUCCACCACCACCACCGCCAUCGCUAAUCCCAACACUUCUUCCCCUCCUCCUCCUCCGCCGCCGCCUCUGGCAGUGGAGAGAACGGGGAUUGUCGACGACAACGGCCUCAUGACCGACGAUUUCGUGGUCGGGGAGUUCGAUCCGAGUGCAAUUGAGAGCGUCGCGAACGCGAGAGAGGGGAGACAGAGUGAUGAGGAUGAUUUUAGGAACAAGGCUAGGGUUAGACUUGAGAAGUUUCGGGUGUGUGAUGAGAGUAUGAGAGAGUACAUUCCUUGUUUGGAUAAUGUGGAUGCGAUUUCCAGGUUGAAUUCGACGGAGAGAGGGGAGGGGUUCGAGCGGCAUUGUCCUCAGAAAGAGAAGGGCUUGAAUUGUUUGGUGCCAAGGCCCAAGGGGUACAAGCUCAAGAUACCUUGGCCUCAAAGCAGAGACGAGGUAAAGCAAUUGAAUGUGUGGUUCGAUAAUGUACCCCAUACACGCCUGGUUGAAGAUAAAGGAGGCCAAAAUUGGAUAUCAAGAAAAAAUGAUAAAUUUAUAUUUCCAGGAGGUGGAACACAGUUUAUCCAUGGGGCGGAUCAGUACUUGGAUCAGAUUUCCAAGAUGGUCCCUGACAUUGCAUUUGGCCAACACACCCGAGUUGUCUUGGAUGUUGGUUGUGGAGUAGCAAGUUUUGGUGCUUUCUUAUUUGAUCGUAAUGUGACUACUCUGUCAAUAGCACCGAAAGAUGUUCAUGAGAAUCAGAUUCAAUUUGCUUUAGAGCGUGGUGUGCCUGCCAUGGUGGCUGUAUUUGCUACACACCGUUUAUUGUAUCCUAGCCAGGCAUUUGACUUAAUACAUUGUUCAAGAUGCAGAAUUAACUGGACUCAUGAUGAUGGAAUUUUGCUUCUCGAGGUCAACAGGAUGCUAAGGGCAGGAGGACACUUUGUUUGGGCAGCACAACCAGUUUAUAAGCACGAAGAUAUCCUACAAAAACAAUGGGAAGAAAUGGUGGACCUUACUGAACGCAUUUGCUGGGAACUUGUAAAGAAGGAGGGGUAUAUUGCUAUAUGGCGGAAACCUCUGAACAACAGCUGCUAUUUUAAUCGUCAGCCUGAAGUACAACCUCCUAUAUGUCAUACUAAUGAUGAUCCAGAUAAUGUUUGGUAUGUUGGUCUGAAGGCAUGCAUCACUCAGUUACCUGAGAAUGGUUCUGGAGCUAAUGUUACCACAUGGCCUGCACGCCUUCAUAAUCCAUCAGACAGGCUUUUUACUAUAAAAAUGGACGCCUACAUGUCCAGAAAGGAAAUAUUCAUAUCACAGUCAAAAUAUUGGAGUGAUAUUGUAAAUGGUUAUGUUAGUGCCUUCCAUUGGAAGGAAUUAAACCUACGAAAUGUGAUGGACAUGAGGGCUGGAUAUGGAGGGUUUGCUGCAGCAUUACAUGAUCAUGGGGUUGAUUGCUGGGUUAUGAAUGUUGUUCCUGUUAGCAGUUACAAUACAUUGCCUGUUAUUUUUGACCGUGGACUCAUAGGAGUUGUGCAUGAUUGGUGUGAACCAUUCGAUACUUACCCAAGAACAUACGACCUACUGAAUGCAGCAGGUCUCUUCUCUGCAGAGAGUAAAAGAUCUAGAUGUAAUAUAUCAACAAUCAUGCUUGAGAUGGAUCGGAUAUUAAGACCAGGUGGGCGUGUUUAUAUUCUCGACACUGUCACUGUUAUUGAAGAACUUAAAGAUAUAGCAAAUGCCAUGGGAUGGCCAACCUUACUGUUCGAUACCAUUGAGGGACCCCAUGCAAGCUCGAAGCUUUUGAUCAGUGACAAGCGUCUUUAAACAUAGUUAUGGUUGCUCACUUUUUUCCUUGUAUACGCUAAAAGCUUCUUUUUCUCUUAAAAAGAAAAAUCUUCAAAUCUUUUUCGCCUAUAUGUUGAAAGCAUGGAUUCCUCCCUAAUCCUUAAAUGGCAGUACUAGAAAGUAGAGAUGGUGCCGAGACUGACUUAUUGUAAUAUAUUUCUGUAAAUUAUCAGUCAGUCAUGGAUAGCAUCCUAACAGAGGCAUCUGAAGUCCGAAGAUAAUAAUUUCAUAUCCAUGUUUUAGGAGCACAAUAUUGAAUUAUUAUUUUUUCCCCUUAAUUUUCUA